AUGUCGUCCGCUCCCUCAUUCUCGGUCAAGGGCAAGGUUGUGCUCGUCACUGGUGGUGCCAAGGGCAUCGGCAAGAUGGUCAGUGUCCCCGGGACCCCCAGCAGUCGAUCAUCCUCGAGCGUACUCGUAGAGUGCGCCACCAAUUGCGAUCGACUGCUCAUGCCCGAACGACCAUCUUAUGACCUCGUCAAAACGACCACAGAUCACCACGGGCUACGUCGCAGCCGGUGCCAAGGUUUACAUCUCGUCGAGGGACAAGAAGUCGUGCGACGCUGUAGCGCAAGAGUUGACCAAGCUCGGCCCCGGAUCCGCUCAUUCGAUUCCCGCUGUGCGUUCCAAGUUAUGUUCUCAUUCCAGGAAGUUCUUGCCGUACUAUUCAGAGACUGACGUGGGUGUGAUUGUUCGCUCUCCUGAAGGAUCUCGCCUCGUACGAAGGCGUAGAAGCUCUCGUCGCCGAGCUGAGCAAGCGGGAGAAGCGUGAGCCGGCCUUCAUACUCACUCUCGGACCUCCUUGGUCUUUACAUCUCUCUCACCCAUUGUCGAAUUUGUCAUCAGAUCUCAACGUCCUCGUCAAUAACGCAGGCAACAACUGGGGUGCUCCCCUCGAAGGUUCGUCUCAUCGGAGACUGAGCACUUGAAGUUUCCCGAGCGAGAACCUGAUCUGCAGGCUGCGACAUAUCUCAGAAUACCCCGACGCCGCUUGGGACCGUGUCUUGGGUCUCAACCUCAAGCGAGUUUUCACCCUCACUCAAAAAUGUGUGCCCCUGCUGUUGGCUAGUCUGCCCAAGGAUGCUCCCGAGGAAGGCCCCUGGAACGACCCUGGUGAGUUUUCGCUAUAAAUCCGUCCCCUGUUCUCGAGUGGCUCAUACUCCCUUCCGAAUCCUGAACUCAGCUCGCAUCAUCAACAUCGGUUCGGUCGACGGCAUCCGUGUCCCCAGUCUCGAGACGUACGCCUACUCGAGUUCAAAGGCGGCUCUGCAUCAACUCUCGAGGGUGUUCGCCGCGCAGUUAGGUCGAAGGGGAGUCACGAGCAACACGAUUGCCUGCGGGCCUUUCGAGUCUAAGAGUAGGUUCUCUUAUCUCAACGACCUUACUCAUCAACCCCUACUGAUCCUACUUCACAUUGCUUGCUCUUCACUUCACUUCAGUGAUGGCCGCGACGCUCGAAGCCGGACGCGACCUCAUCGUCGCAGGCGUUCCCCUCGGUCGAAUUGGUGCACCUCAAGACGUUUCGGGGACGUGCAUCUUUUUGAGCAGUCCUGCGGGUGCUUGGGUGAACGGUGCGACGAUCGCUUUGGAUGGUGGUGCGUUGGUCGGUGGGAAGCUGUAA